GCUCCAGCCGCCAGCGCCAGCUCCCUAUCAAGCCUGAUGGUCCCGCGCGCCUCCCGGCCCCUUGAGUCCAACGACGUCUCCUAGCGACCGGGGCCUGCGGGCCUAUGUGCGUGUGUACCUAUCCCCGCCCUCCUCUCUGAGGUCCCCAACGACUCCAUGUGAUGGACACGUCAUCCUGACCGCCGGCCCCUUCCUUUGUGCCCGUCAGCUGACCGUGUAGUGACAGAGGGGGAGGAGCCAAGGCUCUCCGUUCCCCCACUGUCCAGGCCUGGUGAGGCCCAAGGCGCUCUGGGGAGAUGAAGUUCGGCUGCCUCUCCUUCCGGCAGCCUUAUGCAGGUUUUGUCUUAAACGGGGUCAAGACCCUGGAGACGCGUUGGCGUCCUCUGCUGAGCAGCCACCGGAACCGUACCAUCGCCAUCCACAUUGCUCACAGGGACUGGGAAGACACCGCAUGGAGGGAGCUGCUGGCGGAGAGGCUUGGAAUGACCCCUGCUCAGAUUCAGGCCUUGCUUCUGGAAGGGGAAAAGUAUGGCCGUGGCGUGAUCGCUGGCGGGCCUUGGUUUCUGGAAGGAAAAACCAUCGUGUGCUUCUCUUUGUGCUCAGGGCUUGUUGACAUUGGGGAAACCGUGCAGUGCCCAGAGGACUUAGCUCCUGAUGAGGUUGUGGCGCUGGAGAAUCAAGCUGUACUGACCAGCCUGAAGCAGAAGUACCUCACCGUGCUUUCAAACCCCAGGUGGUUACUGGAGCCCAUACCCAGGAAAGGCGGAAAGGAUAUCUUCCAGGUAGACAUCCCAGAGCACCUGAUGCCCUUGGGGCAGGACGCCUGGCGAGUGCGGAAGGUUACCGAGAAACCGGCUAAAUCAUGACCCAUCGACUGACCGUCAUGCCGCAGACCUACAAGCCAGGUUCAGUCUGAAUCAGCCCUGCCACUGUGUGCUGUUCGUGGAGACAGGUCUCUCCACUCAGAUGCAGGGGACAGGGCAGCGGGACUUUCCUCCUGAGAUGCCUGUCUGGGCUCGCCGGCAGUCUCCAGGACUUCGACGUUCGGGAUAAAGGGGAAGCGGCCAGUAAAUGUCUUGGUGCCGCCACUACUUGAGUCCUUCUGACUUCCGGGUCGUACAGAGACAUAGGUCUGAAGACGACCGGUUCGUGUUUCCUCCUCUCGUUGUUUUGCUCAGAACUCAUAGGACGUUUGAACAGCAUCCAGGGGACCUUGUGGGAAGGCUGGGAGCGGGCGCUAAAGGGGUGUGCAGGGGUGGCCAGCCACGGGUGCCCCCGUUCACCAUGGCGACAGCAUCAGACUGAGACACAGCAUCCGUCUGUUCUUACAAAUGACUCUUGCUCUGUUGUCGAAGCGUCCCUUGGCCCAUGAAGUAUGCGUGUUUGACACAUCCCACAGCUAGCUACUUCAUGGCCAAAGGAAGGAUCCUAAAUACAGCACCGAUGGGAAAAUGA